GGGUUAGCCCAGAUCAGUGGAGUCAUGCGUCACACAGCUCUUUCAUGCUGGCAGCCGUUCCUGGGUCUGGCUGUGCUGCUUGUCUUCACAAGCCCCACUGUGGGCUGCCCAGCCCGCUGUGAAUGCUCAGCGCAGAACAAGUCUGUCAGCUGUCACCGGAGACGUCUGAUGGCCAUUCCAGAAGGCAUUCCCAUCGAGACAAAAAUCUUGGACCUCAGCAAGAACCGACUGAAAAGCGUUAACCCUGAGGAAUUCACAUCUUACCCGUUGCUGGAGGAGAUUGACCUCAGCGACAAUAUUGUCUCCAAUGUUGAGCCUGGAGCUUUUAACAAUCUCUUCAACUUGCGCUCCUUGAGGCUGAAAGGAAACCGUCUGAAGCUGGUCCCCCUUGGGGUGUUCACUGGGUUGUCAAACUUAACAAAGCUUGAUAUAAGUGAAAACAAGAUUGUCAUUUUGCUGGACUACAUGUUUCAAGAUCUGCAUAACCUAAAAUCCCUGGAGGUUGGGGACAAUGAUUUGGUGUAUAUAUCACACAGGGCCUUCAGUGGGCUGCUUAGCCUGGAGCAGCUCACCCUGGAGAGAUGCAACCUCACAGCCGUACCAACAGAAGCUCUUUCUCACCUCCACAACCUCAUCAGUCUGCAUUUGAAACAGCUCAAUAUUAAUGCUUUGCCGGCGUACGCCUUUAAAAGACUGUUUCGCCUGAAGGACCUGCAAAUAGAGGCCUGGCCCCUCCUGGACAUGCUGCCUGCCAACAGCUUGUACGGUCUCAACCUGACUUCUCUCUCCAUCACAAACACCAACCUGUCUGCAGUACCUUACUCUGCUUUUAAGCAUCUGGUUUACCUGACACAUCUCAACCUCUCUUACAACCCUAUCAGCACCAUCGAGGCAGGCAUGCUGUCAGACUUAGUGCGCCUGCAGGAGCUCCACAUUGUGGGGGCACAGCUGCGCACCAUUGAACCACAUGCUUUCCAAGGGCUCCGAUUCUUACGCGUGCUUAACGUGUCCCAAAACCUGUUAGAAACCCUAGAAGAGAAUGUAUUCCAUUCCUCCAAAAGCCUUGAGGUCCUCUGCAUUAACAACAACCCGCUGGCCUGUGACUGCCGCCUUCUUUGGAUUUUGCAGCGGCAGCCCACCUUGCAAUUUGGUGGUGAGCCACCAAUGUGUGCUGGCCCAGACAGUGUCAGAGAGAGGUCAUUCAGAGACUUUCAUAGCACAGCUCUCUCCUUUUACUUCACCUGUAAGAAGCCCAAGAUACAAGACAAGAAGUUGCAGUACCUGGUAGUGGAGGAAGGACAGACCGUGCAGCUGAUGUGCAAUGCUGACGGGGACCCACAGCCUACCAUCUCCUGGGUUACCCCACGCCGGAGGCUGAUCACAACUAAAUCAAAUGGUAGAGCCACUGUGCUGGGAGAUGGCACUCUGGAGAUCAGAUUUGCCCAAGACCAGGACACUGGGAUCUAUGUCUGCAUUGCAAGUAAUGCAGCCGGAAAUGACACCUACUCAGCCUCCCUGACGGUGAAGGGGUUUACUUCAGACCGUUUCCUUUAUGCCAACAGGACCCCUAUGUAUAUGACAGACUCCAACGACACAAGUUCUAAUGGAACUAAUGCAAACAGCUACUCUCUGGACCUUAAGACAAUAUUGGUGUCCACAGCUAUGGGCUGUUUCACAUUCCUUGGAGUGGUUUUAUUUUGUUUCCUUCUUCUUUUUGUGUGGAGCCGAGGGAAAGGCAAACACAAAACCAGCAUUGACCUUGAAUAUGUCCCUCGCAAAAACAAUGGUGCUGUGGUUGAAGGGGAGGUUUCUGGACCACGAAGGUUCAAUAUGAAAAUGAUUUGAUGGUAUUCUGCUAGCAGUGCUUUUUCUGUGGCAUUAAAACCAAUUAAAACAGCCUGGCAUGUGGAAUUGCUAGGCAGAAGCAGCUUAAUGCAGCUGUCAGUGUAUCAAAAGGUUAUAUGAAAAUAGAAAGACUAUUUGUGGUUAUACAACAGAGCCUCCAGACCUUGAGGCAGAUGUGUCAGGGCCUUUCAUAGAACUGGGAAAUUGUACUAACUGUUUGCAUUGCAAAUAUUGGCAUUCUGGGGAUAUCAGCAAUGAACCACUGGCUCAUGCUCAUGGACAAUUGUUCAACAUUUUCUACUGCUACAAAAGGAAAAAGAAAAAAACCUACAGUGUAGGAUUUACAUACUUAAAGAAAAAGACACAUUUGUCUAAACCACACUCUACAGUGAAAUUUGUAUCCAUAUGUCUCAUUUGGUAAAACUUUGCAUCUCCCUUCUAGCUGGUUCA